GUGACGUAUGGCUCGUCUGUAGCGGCUCAGAGGGGGAGAAAGAGCCGCCGAGGAGGGCAGAAACACAAGAGAGGGGCAAGUCUUUCUACGACAGCACCGCGGCUCGGGAACAAACCAACUGAGUCGAGUCGGCUGGCAUGGAGCUGAGCGUUGUCGUUCUGAGCCGUUUCGCGCCGUCCGCCUAACGUUCAAACCGGGGCAUCUCGCGCACAGUUUGCCGUCGGUCCCGGGGGUGUUUGUGGAGCCCGUGUGAAUCCGUUGCUAGCAGCGCUCGAAUGCUAGCUAGCUCCGCCGCUAAUCAGCUAGCCCACACUGCGAGUCGAUUGUGUCGGAGAUCGCGGAAUCAAGCGUUAAAGCCGUCGCGCUCCUCCGCCGCUCUCGGGACUCGUCUUGCCCGUUGAGUUUUUGCGUUUUCCUAAGCGACGGGACGCUAAAAAGCGAAGGCUGGGGUUUCCUUUUCGAUUUAUUUCCAGCAGAGAGUUUUCCCCUCUCUAUUAGCUUGUUAGCUGCUCCGGUUGGUUUAGUCCAUCUUGUUAGUAGCGCCUGAGAUUUCUACUGUAACGUUAUUAUCUGUCAGAUCGGUCGCGUUAUUUGUGGACAUGAAUGAUUUUUACUGCUGACCGUGAUUAGAGAAGCGAUACUUUGAGAUGCCGCGCGUGGGAUACUUUAUGUUUCCAGGGACGCUUUUAUUUUCUUGUUAGACUGUUUAUGCGAGUGCUGGUGUACAGGGGUUCGCUUUAGAUAACAGGAAUCACAACUUUGUUUUUGUUUUUAAUUUCCUCUCCAUGCAAGCCGGUGAUCCACCUCUGUCCAUCCACCGCGCAUCGUUUUGAUGUGGUUAAAGCCCACAUUUGAGUCGCACUCUCAUUGUUUUCUCGUCUGAUCGCGGUUCGUUCGGCUGCACUCUUGUAUUGACGCCGUCGGUGGUUCAUGGUCUCGGAGACGGGGCGCUGAGACACGCUUUCAUCGGUUUGCGGCGGGGACAGAAGCGAGGUAUUAUGGAUGAACAGACACGGAUGCUGGCCGGCCUGGGCGCACUCGGCGGACUCUCUCAAGCCGACGUGGGUGACCCCGAUUCGGUUCGGAAGCAGCAGUCCCUCGGCCAGCCGCAGCAGGACAUCGGGGAUAUCCUCCAGCAGAUCAUGGCCAUCACCGACGAGAGCCUCGACGAAGCCCAGGCGAGAUGCUGGCCAGAGGAGGCACCGGCGCAGUGGACCCCACAGAGGGAGGGGGAGCUGGGGGGGAGCACAGCAGGGUGUGCCCUGCCGCUCAACUUCCAGCACAGAAAACACGCACUGAACUGCCACAGGAUGAAGCCGGCUCUGUUCAGCGUUUUAUGCGAGAUCAAAGAAAAAACUGGUAAGUCGUACUCUUACUCUGCCAAUGCAGAACUUCUGUGCAGGUUUGCGUCUUCAAUCCGCACUCCCACAUUGCGAGUAGAUCUUUUUCAUUACUCUGUAUUGAUUCUGCAUUGACCAGAUGCAGAGACA